AUGGAAGUUCAAGUCACCAGCUGGUCUAACUUGAAUCCUCGCUUCUGGGCGCCUCGUGGAUUUGGAGUUACAGACCUCGUCCUGCCGAACACGUCAAUGAAGGGUGUGUAUCUGCGACGCUGUGGCGAGCCGAUCUUUCAGCAAGGUCUUGCCAACCCGCUGGAGAUAGACAUUGACAUCUCGCAGCCCGAGGGCGUUUAUCCUGGUUAUCUGGUGGAAUUCAUGUGCGCCGUUUUUGACGAGGGACUGGGAGCCUGGUCGACAGCCGGGAUGUCCUCAAAGCAUGUCAUUACCACCGUGUCCACCGAGAUGACAUGUUUGGCAACAAGGAGCUCUGGUCUUUUCGCCGCGCUGUACCGCGUCGUCAGGGAGGAGCCUCCAAAUACAACAACACCUUUACCACCGCCGCCUGAAGUUGACGAGGGUUUGACUCUAGGAGCUUUGCUUGCCAUCGUGGGAGGAGGAACUGUUCUCCUUUGUGGCUGCACGGGAGGCCUUUAUGCCUGGCACAAGAUGAGGUCUCGUGAGCCCGUGGAGCCCGAACCCGAGGAGGAGGAAGAGGAAGUCGUGGAGACGGAGUCCGAGUCGGAGAUUGCUGAGCUUCCUGAUCCGGACCCUGCACUGACAAAGCUGCGCUUGGCCGCUGAAGCCGGGACUCUGACCGCGCGUGAAAUCUUGGCGAAUCAUUCCGGCCCCAUGGGCAUUCGCCAGGAACUGGUGUGGGCUUUGGACAAGGGCUACGAGAAGAAGCGGCAGAUGGCCGCUAUGGAGGUUGAAUGGAAAGAGUGCUUCGACCUGUACGACAAGGAUUCUGAUGGCAAGAUAAAGGCCACCGAGCUGGGAGAUGUGCUGAGAUCCUUGGGACUGGUCCUCACUCAGAAGGAAGUGCAAGAGCUCAAGGACGAGGUUGGCAGUGACUUAGUGUCCUGGGAGAAGUUCAAAGACCUGGCAGCAAAGAAACCGCGUCAGCCAGAGAAGCAGGCACAUGCACUGCUGCAGGCAUUCCAAGCCUUUGACCAAAGUGGUUCCGGGCAAGUGGACAUGAAAGAGUUGCGGCACAUUGUGACGAACCUUGGCGAGAAGCUCACCACCAAGGAAUUCGAGGAGAUCUGCAAGGCUGCUGACCUGCCAGCAGCGGGAGCGCUUGAUUACAAAAAGGCCAGCAAGAAACGACGAGAUGCGUCAACUGAGAGCCCUCCUUCUGAGGUGGUGGACAAGGUGUUCCAAAAAGACACGGUCAAGGAAGAGCUUGCUGACCUCGCAAAGUCUGAUUCAGGAGACGAUGCCUCUGGAGCCAGCUUUACGCCCAUCCAUGCAAAGGCACCUGCCAAAAAAAUGCGGCGGCAACAAUCGCCAGGGCAGUCAGACCCCAGAUCCUCCCGGACAUCCAGGGGUUCGGGGUCACGGCGGAACUCCGGGUCACGACGCCGCUCCGAGCAGUCCGGGAAGUCCAGGCAGUCGGGACAGUCCGGACAGUCCUGCACCCGGAAGCACAAUGAUCAUAUGAAGUGCCGUGCUUUUCAUGUCCUUGACGAGGAUGAGGCUUUCAGCUACCCGGAGCUGCACUGCCGCUGCCUGGGCCUCGGUCUCCGGAAUGGUGCAUGGAUGUUAUUGGAUACUCCCGGUGGCGUGGUUUGCAGUCGGGCUGCCGGGAUCCUGGAAUUUACCGAAGAAGUCUUCACCAAGUGUGUGCACAACGUGUCAGUCAACGGGUGUUUCAUCGUGAGCUAUUUCACUGGCAACGUUCCGCAGAUUCAGCACCAGAUGACGUCAGCAGUAAGGAGGGAGCUUGCAUAUCCAUUGAGUCUUCCCAGCACCGAGGCUCUCGGCGGCAUCCGGGCAAGGUUCGAAGCCGCAGUGCUCCAGUUCGAGGUGGCUGGUCGCCCAGGAUCGAAGUUUGAAGGCUCCAUUGCCGUGGAGGUCAACACCACGGGCAGCUCAGGACGAGGCCCAGGCUACCAGCUGCCGGCACUUCGGCAUCGCACCCUCGCAGUUCUCUGCACCUCUUCCCUCUGCGUGCCCAGCCGCACCACUUCAGCCGUGAGCGGCCGAGUGCAGCGAUACGUGCAAGUGAGAAUGAUAAUCGACGUUCAGACAGCCGUUGUGUUCGUGCAAGGCUCCCCGCUGCUUCUGGGAUACCUCGAGAGCCGAUCACGUCCCGCGAGCCAAUCACCACGCUUCCUCCACCCACACUUUCCGAUUCAACUGCCACAUUCGGACGAGUGGUACCACACGCUCAUGUCUCGACUACGCCGGCUGGGAGAGGUGGCAGCACCCGGUGGAGAAGACUGGACAGGCAAGGCACAGAGUUCAUUCGUGGACAAGGGAAUAAGAUGA